AUUCCUGCAACCUUUUUUCAUUUUUUUAUUAUAUUUUAUCAAUGGAGGAAAAUCACAAAAGUUCAAUAGAAUCUUGGACACUUUUAGCUCUCAUCAAUAGAGAUCUUGACGAUCAAGACUACAAUAACGCACUCCUUUUGUCUGAACGUCUUUAUGCUAUUGACAACGAUAAUUCUCAUUUUAAAUACGUAUACGCGAAAAGUUUAUUUUCAAUUUCAGAUUAUACAGCAUGUUAUACGAUUAUUAAAUCUGACCAAUCGAUCCCUUGUUUAAAUUUGUUUGCUAAAUGUUGUCUUGAGCUUGGUCUCAUUGAAGAAUCCCAGGACAAGCAACGGACCUUGUGGCAAGAAGGCACACAGGCAAUACAGACAGCACUUAGAUCAAAUGCAAUACCAAAGGAAGUUUACUGGGGAGACGAGCUUGCAAGUGUUACAAAUCGACAAAGUAUGCCAAGUGAAGCAUCCUUGUGUAAUUUAUUAGGCGAUUUAUAUGUCAAACUUGACAAUGUUACGGCAGCAUCCAAAUAUUACUAUAGAUGUCUGAAAAUCAACCCGUACAAAAUAUCGGCUUACAUCAACUUAUGUGAUAUUGCAGCAGAUUCCAACAUCAUUGCAGAUAAAUUAAAAAAUGAAAUAUUCGUGGACUUUGAUGUGUCCAAAACCAAUUUAUCUCGAUCUCCACACACUUACUUACCAGUGUUGCCUUCAACAGAUGCACCCGGAAUAACCUUCCUUCCUGAAAUAUCACCUUCUAAUGUUGUAAAAAAUAGCUCUUCAGUGCCUGCCAUUAAAUAUUAUCAAGAUAUUAGCGUAAAGCAGUUGCGAGCUCUUAUCAAAUACAGUCCGAGUAUAACUAAUGACAACGAUGAUGAUGAAAACAAAAGGGGAAAAAUAGAAUUGGCGAAGGACGCGCUUAUCAAAACAGUUUCUGGUGAUAUCGAACAAAUGACAGCAGCAGAGGCCUACAAAAAUAAGCAUGGAUUACGUAAAAAAGCACCAGCGGGAAUUGAGCAAAAGUUAGAAGUCCAAUUAUCAGAUAUGGAUGAACAAACAGACUAUCAUCUUAGCAAGGAAAUAAUCGAAUCUAUCGACAAAGAUCAUCCUCCUAGAGUGGUGACAGAAGAACAUGAAGAUUUCACAUUUGAUAUUCCAACAAAGAAAAGGAUUAAAGUUAGUUCUAGUGAGGAUCCAGCUGUCGGCAGUUUUUUCUUGCCUUCAUCAAAUAGCCAUCAAGUAAAUCAGCAAACUAAUGCAGAGAUAAUCAAAGGAAUGAACAAGGUUUUAGAUCUUCUUAGCAUCAUAGUAAGUGGAUAUGUAUACCAAUCAUUAUACCAAUGUGGUAGGGCGGCGCUGGAAUUACAAAAAUUGGAUGAUCGUCAAUACAAUACUGCUCGUGUGCUAUGCAUAUUAGGAAAAUCAUACUACGAUGCUAGCGAUUACAAAACAGCGGUACCAUUUUUUAGACAGGCCUUUAUGAUCGCCCCGUGGUUUUGUGAUGGAGUUCCCGAAUACUCAACGUGUCUUUGCUAUUUGGAAAUGGAGAAAGAAUUGAAUCUUUUAGCAUACCAAAUGCGGGGUAAUAAGUCGCAUAUUUACGAAUAUUAUAUUACGGCGGCGAAUUGGUCAAAGUGCGCAAUUAACAGUAAUGAAGCAGCAGAGUGGUUCCAGAAGGCUAUCAAAUAUGAUCCCAAUCGCGCAUAUGCUUAUGCUUUAUUAGGCUACGAAGAAAACGAAAAAAACAAUUUCUUGGGUGCUAAACAGAUGUUUGCUAAAAGUAUCGGUGCAAACAAACGCUCAUACAUUGCUUGGUGUGGAAUGGCCCUAGCGUAUCAUAAUAUGGAAGAGUUUAUACAAGCUAAAACCUUGUUAUAUGAGGCUGCUCGACUACAUCCUCGUCAUCCAGUACUUCUAGCUAAACUGGCAGAAGUCUUGUAUGAGUUAGAAGAGUACGAAGAAGCAGAAAAAUAUAUUGAUCGCUCAUUGGCUAUCCGUGCCGAUCCAGCCAACCAAGAAUUGAAGGAAAAUAUUGAUCGCUGGACAGCUAGAAAUAGAUGAUAGCCUAUAUGGCCAGCUAAAAAUCUCAGCGAGUAGAAAUAAUUUUCAGUUAUAGCAACUUAUAAGUUUACUUUUCAAACAGUUUGUACAUUCUUUGUCUAAACAAUGACGAUGAUAAGUAAACAAGUAAUAGU